GAUGGACGCUGCUCGGGAGCAGAUCCCGAAUGGGAAUCAUUCGUUUUUAAACUCAACAUCUGUUAACCCUCCGAUUUGUUUUGCUGGCGAGCCUUUGACUUUGAAAUCAGCCCGUGUGAUGGUGUACAUCGUUAUCUUCCUAGUCUCACUCAUGGGGAACUUAAUAACUGUGAUAACAGUUCAAAGAACCUCUAGGAAGCGAAAGUUUGUACAUUUGUAUUUAAUGAACAUGGCCAUCGCUGAUUUGGUCAUUACGGUCGUGUACAUGCCUCGUACGAUGGUCCGGUUUUUCUACGGCUUUGAAUGGCUCGUGGAAGGAGUUCCUGGUCUUGUACUUUGCCGUAUGGUUUCAUUUCUACACCACGCUUCAAUACUUGCUUCUAUCUUUUCCUUAUUUGGCACAGCCUUUGAUAGGUUCUGCGCCGUCAUGUAUCCGCUUAAGAGAAUCACGACAAGGCGUGUUGCUAUCACAAGUCUGGUUCUUAUUUGGAUCUUGGCUGGUAUUCUUCGCUCGCCAUUCUUGAUCAGCCCGAACGUGCGUUUCUCCAGCGAAGGAAAGCCGCCAUUAAGAAUCUGUUCGUCAGGAUUUUCCAAUCUCUUUGGCCAGCGCUUGGCAACACUUUACAGAGGUUUCUUUAUCGUUCUCUACAUUAUAUGCUUAGUUUUGAUAGUAAUUCUGUACCUGAUCAUGAUCGGGAAACUUUGCCGGCAGAAGUCUCCAGGGAAUAACGAAGAAGCUACAAAAGCAAGGCAGAAAGCAGGAAAGAGGCUCAUUGAGAUGUUAAUUUCAAUAGCUAUUGCAUUUGUGCUGUGCUGGUUGUUGUAUUUUAUCGCUAUCCCAAUACAUGGAUCUUCGGAUCUCCCAUGUCAUUUGUCUUUUUUUACGUAUCUUUUGGCACAUAGCAAUAGCGCAGUCAAUCCAUGCUUGUUAGCCUUCUUUGACUCGGAAUACCGAGGUGGAUAUACAUACUUAUUACGAAGAAUGUCCCUGUGUAAGUCCAUGGACAAACAGUUCACUUCAGGUAAAAGCCAACCGAAAAAAGAGGAGAAACAAGAACCCGACAACAAGACAAAUGCAACUAAAUUUUGAACCUUGUGGACUGAAUUAUUGCGGUUUGAAGAAGACUGAAGAAAUAGAAGAAGUAGAAGAAGUGGAAGAAGAAGAAGAA